CCCCUAACCCACUCCGGGCGGCAUCCCCUCGAGCCGCCGCGCUCGUCGCGGGACCAGCAGGUACGGCUCGCCCACUGACCCGCGCGGCCCGGGGCGGAAAAGUGACUAACGGCUGCCGCUGGCCCGCAGGGUGCUGAGGGGAUGGCGUCAGGGUCCCGGGUGCCUGAGGACGCGGUUCGGGCCGUCAACCCCGGCCGGCGAGGCGAGAUUGUCUCGGCGCUCACCGGGGACUCGGUGAUGGCGGCAGCCCUGAAGAGCGCCGCGUCCACGGUGCGGUCGGUGGUGGCCUCCCCUCGCCCCCUGAAGGGGAAAGCGGGCCGGGACGCGGCCCGGCGGCGGCUCCAGCUCCUGCCGGGCUCUCAGACCGAGGGCCGGGGACAGGGGCCAGAAGAGGAGGAAGUGGAGGAAGAGGAGGAAGUGGAGGAAGAGGAGGCCCAGCUCUCAGUGCCCGAGGAAGACGAGGAGGCGCAGCCGCUGCCCCCGGUGUGCGUGUUUCCCAUGCGGGGCAUGUGGCGGGAGGAGAAGGUGGCGCUGUACUGCGACGAAGUGCUGCAGGGCUACAAGGCAGAAGAUGCUGAUGAUGCUAUGAGUAAAUAUCUAUCAGAAAAAUUAAAGUUGAAAGACAAAUGGCUUGGAGUCUGGAAAGCUAAUCCUGAGUUAUUCUUUGUGAAAUAUGAAGAAUCUUCUAUCCCUUUUGUUGGUAUAUUGGUUGAGGUAACUUGUAAACCACGCCAAAGCUCAUCAUCUCGUUUCAAGGUUACUGUUUCUGUUGCUGAGCCCUUUUCUUCUAACAUUGCAAAUAUUCCAAGAGAUUUGGUUGAUGAGAUUUUGGAAGAACUAGAGCAUAGCGUGCCUCUCUUGGAAGUGUACCCUGUUGAAGGGCAAGAUUCUGAUUUACAUGAUAUUGCUUUGGCCUUGGAAGUUGUAAGGUUUUUUUAUGACUUUCUUUGGAGAGACUGGGAUGAUGAAGAAAGUUGUGAGAAUUAUACUGCUUUGAUUGAAGAAAGAAUUAAUUUGUGGUGUGAUAUACAAGAUGGAACUAUACCUGGUCCUAUUGCACAACGUUUCAAAAAAACUUUGGAGAAGUAUAAAAACAAGCGAGUUGAACUCUUUGAGUAUCAGAGCAAUAUUAAAGAAGAUCCAUCUGAGGCAGAAGCUGUAGAAUGCUGGAAAAAGUACUAUGAGAUAGUAAUGCUCUGUGGAUUACUGAAAAUGUGGGAAGAUUUACGCCUCCGAGUUCAUGGACCUUUCUUUCCAAGAAUUCUGAGGCGUAGGAAAGGAAAAAGAAACUUUGGAAAGACCAUAACACAUGUCGUAGCAAAAGUGAUGACUGCUGACAUGGUAAAGGACUUAUCUCCAGACACACUUCUCCAACAGCAUGAUGAUUUGGAUUUGGCUUUGGAUAGCUGUUACAGUGGAGAUACAGUCGUUAUUUUUCCAGGAGAAUAUCAAGCUGUAAAUCUUGCUUUAUUGACUGAUGACAUUGUUAUAAAGGGAUUUGGAAAGAGAGAGGAAAUUAUUAUUACUUCUGAACCUUCUCAUGACAGUUUUGUGGUGUCCAAAGCUGAUAACGUGAAACUAAUGCAUCUAUCUUUGAUACAACAAGGGACAGUUGAUGGUAUUGUGGUGGUAGAGUCUGGUCACAUGACUCUAGAAAACUGUGUAUUAAAAUGUGAAGGAACAGGAGUAUGUGUUCUUACAGGGGCUGCUUUGACCAUUACAGACAGUGAAAUAACUGGUGCCCAGGGUGCUGGUGUUGAACUGUAUCCUGGGAGCGUAGCCAUUCUGGAAAGAAAUGAAAUUCAUCACUGUAAUAACCUCAGAACCUGUGACAGUUCAAAAAGCACCUUAGGUGGAGUUAAUAUGAAGGUUCUUCCAGCACCCAAAUUGAAGAUGACUAAUAAUCAUAUUUACAACAACAAUGGCUAUGGAGUAAGCAUUCUUCAACCAACUGAACAGUUUUUUAUUGUAGCAGAAGAAGCCCUCAACAAAGGGGCUGCUUCAGGAGAUAAAAGAGAUGAUAAUAUGCUCUCCAAAGUAAUGCAAAAUCUGAAUUUGGAAAUGAACAAUAAUAAAAUAGAAGCAAACUUAAAGGGGGAUAUUAGAAUAGUAACAAGUUGAAGCAUCUGGAUUUAAAGUUUUAUAUUUCAGAUAUUUGUUUAAUAAAUCUCAUAUCCCACAGAAAUGGUAGUUUUAAUUAAAUUCAAAUUUUAUUUAAUUAAAAAAAUUAAAUAU